AUGGAACGACAAGGACGAUUGCAGCAUCAAUUAAACGCCGCUCUCGACAACUUCAAGAAGCUAGGACGCAACAAAUGGACGCCUGCGGUCACACGAUCCAGGAUCCAAACACUGAAGGAAAUCUGGCUGCAGUUCCUCGAUGGGCACGCCGUCUUGGAAAAGACGAUCCCGCCGGACCGCCGGGCGCAGAUCGUUUACUUCACCGACGACGUAUUUGACGCUACCGAGGAGAAGUACAACAUCACGCUGGAUUACAUGGCUGAGGUAUUGGAGGAGCUGGAACCCCCUGUAAGCCCGAACCAAUCUAUUAACGCAUCGUAUGCUCGGCACGCGCCGUCUGCGUUGUCUCAAGCGCAUCUGCCGCCGAUUCAGCUCGCGCCGUUCGACGGGACGCUGACGGACUGGGAACCAUUCCGCGAUCGAUUUUCCGCGAUCAUCAUCGAAAAUAAAGAAUUAAAUGAUUUCUCGCGCAUGCAUUAUCUGUCGUCUUGCUUGCGGGGUCGCGCGUCGGAUUGCAUAGCGAACCUCACGAUCGCCGCCGAUAACUUCAAGAUUGCUUGGGACGCAGUAAAGGCACGCUAUGACAACAAGCGACGGUUGAUUUCCGUUCACAUGUCAACCUUGUUGAGUCUGCCGACGCUCUCGCGCGAGUCCGUUUCUGACCUCCAGUCGCUUCGCGGACAAAUCACCGUGACUGUAGCCGCGCUGAGAAAUCUGCAGCGAUCGAACGAACAAUUGUGGAACGAUAUUCUCGUGCAUAUCGGCUCGCGAGGCUUGGAUCCGGUCACGCGAAAGGCGUGGAACUUGCGAACUACCGAAAAUUCUGAACCGCCGACCUUCGACGAAUUCGAGCGGUUUCUUGCCUCGCGCAUCCGGGCGCUCGAGGAAUUCUCGAGCGGAGAUAGAACUCAAGCGAGCGCUAAAGCCGUUCCGAUAUCGCGAGUUCAUCUCGCAAUCGACGCGCCGGCCGCGAAAUCGCGCUGCCCGCUGUGUAAGGCUGGUCAUUACUUCAGUGCGUGUCCGAUCUUUGUCCGCGGGAGCUCGCAGCAGCGACGAGAGCUAGUAAAGAAGCACCGGCGAUGCUUCAAUUGUCUCAGCGCUAAUCACGCCGCGCAUGAGUGCAAAAGUAAAUAUUCGUGCCGCACAUGUUCGCAACGACAUCAUUCGCUGCUUCACGCUGCUGCGGAUUCCAGUGGCGGCACUGCCGAAUCGCACGCUGCGACGGAGGUGCGUGAGUCGUCCGCCGGAUCUCGAGCGGAGGUUCACGCGUUGCUCGCUUCGAACGACCGGACUCGGUCCGCUCGCGUUCUCUUGGCCACUGCGUGGGUGACGGUCCGGGCGUCGUGCGGUCGAUCGGUGACCGUUCGCGCUCUGCUCGAUCAGGGAUCCGAGAUGACUUUUGCUUCCGAGAAGCUUGCUAAAGCGUUGCGCGCGAAAAGACUCCGUCGUCCGGUCGCCGUCUCCGCUGUGGGAUGCGUCAACGCGGGGACUUUCCGGCAUGCGAUCGAGAUCAUCGUCUCGCCCCGAGGAGCGGAAACUCCGGCGUUGCUCACCGCCGCGUUAAUAUUGCGAUCGCUCACGACGUAUGCUCCGCAUUGCGAGGCGGAUGCGUCGUGCUUGACGCAUCUCGCGGAUCUGCGCUGGGCCGAUCCGAAUCCGCUCAGCUCGGAUCCAAUCGAUUUGAUCAUCGGGGCGGAUCUCUAUAGCGAUAUUGUUCGCGAGGGCCUUCGCCGAGGAGGCGACGGUCAGCUCAUGGCGCAGAACUCGGUGUUCGGGUGGUUUAUAUCAGGUCCGAUCACCCGGGCUUCUGCGCCUAGGGUGCGGGCGUGCGCGCUCGCUACUCAGGCGUCGAGCGUAGUAAUUUCGGCGCAUCAUUGUCAGGCCGAGAUUUCACUCGAGGAUGAGGUGAGGAGAUUUUGGGAAGUCGAGGAGGUUCCGCGAGCCGUCGAGCGGACGCCCGACGACGAGCGGUGCGAGGGACACUUCGUCUCGACACAUUCGCGAACGGUGGAAGGUCGAUACGUCGUCCGCUUGCCGUUUCGCAGCGGACCGCCGAUCGAUAUCGGAUCCUCGCGUUCGCGCGCCGUGCGAUGCCUUGCCGCACUUACGCGUCGUUUACAAACAAAGCCGGAACAAAGACUAGCAUAUGACGAGUUUUUGCGCGAAUACGAACUCAGCGGACACAUGAGACGCGCACCGGAGAUUUCAGACGCGUCUUCGCAAGUCGCAUACAUAUCGCAUCACCCAGUCUUUCGUUCUCAUAGCGCCACGACAAAAUUGCGUGUAGUUUUUAACGCAUCGAGUCCGACGACUAACGGCUCGAGUUUAAACGACCAUUUGAUCGCCGGGCCAAAGCUGCAGACCGACUUAUCGUCCGUACUGCUGCGAUGGCGUAAUUUCAAAUACGCGUGUUCGGCCGACAUCGAAAAAAUGUAUCGACAAAUUCAGCUCGAUCCCCGCGAUGUCGACUAUCAGAGGAUCUUGUGGCACCCGGCGCCGGACGACGAGCCGCGUGAAUAUCAAUUAAUGACCGUGACUUACGGCAUGUCCUGUGCUCCGUUUCUUGCAUUGCGAGUCCUUCAGCAAUUGAGGAUUGAUGACGGAGGCGAUUUCCCUCUCGCCGCUCCGCUCUUGAAAAACAACAUUUAUGUCGACGAUGUACUAUUCGGGAGCGACGACGUCGGGCAAACGAUCGAAAUCCGGAAUCAGCUCACAGCAUUGUUACGGCGAGGCGGCUUCGAACUUCGUAAAUGGUCCGGGAAUUCAGCCGCACUUCUCGCAGACAUCGAUGAGGCGAAUCAUGGACUCGCGUGCACCAGAUCACUCGCGAUUGAUGAGAGCGUAAAGAUUCUCGGGAUCACUUGGACGCCCGCGGGAGACAAUUUUCAAAUCAGCGUGUCGUUGCCAGCUUGCGUCCCCGAGAGCAAGCGCUCCAUUUUAUCGACUAUCGCCAAACUGUACGAUCCACUCGGAUGGGUCACUCCGAUCACGAUCAGCGCCAAAAUCUUUAUGCAGCACUUGUGGCGACGGCAACUUGAAUGGGACGACCCGAUUCCCGAGAUGCUGGCGUCGCGCUGGCGGGCAAUAUUCUCGAAUCUAUCCGCCUUGGAUGGACUACGCAUUCCGCGAUGGACCGGAUUCGGGCGCGACAUUCGACGCGCGGAGCUGCAUGGAUUCGCGGACGCGUCUAACUCCGCGUACUCUGCCGUUGUUUAUUUGCGACUAACGACGCACUCAGGUCAAGUGAUCAUCACAUUGCUCAGCGGCAAAUCACGCGUCGCUCCAUUGCAGCCAAUGAGCAUCCCGCGUCUCGAACUUUCGGCCGCCGUGCUCCUCUCGCGUCUCGUCGAAUUCGUGCGGACGGCAGGAGGUUACGACGAUGCAACAUGCUGCUGUUGGUCUGACUCAACGGUCGUGUUGUCGUGGCUGGCGGCGCACCCAUCACGAUGGAGGACCUUCGUCGCGAAUCGGGUGGCGGAGGUGCACGCGCGCCUCCCGCGCGUUCAAUGGCGGCAUGUUCCGACGGCCGACAAUCCCGCUGAUUGCGCGUCGCGCGGGUUGCUCGGCCUGGAAAUUCUCGGGCACGAUCUCUGGUGGCGAGGCCCGUCGUGGUUGACGUCGCCGCCAAACGCUUGGCCAUCCUUCGGGGAUGCCUCGGCUGCGGAGGCGCUGAGCGAGGAAAGGGUCGUGACGCACCUCGCCACUGAACCCGCAUCGCUCAACUCGCUGCUCCUCGAGCGCUAUUCUUCGUGGCCAAAGUUGGUUCGCGUUACCGCGUACAUCAUGCGCUUUAUCGCGCGAUGUCGUCGCCGUCUUACGGGAGAUUCAUCCGGUGAGCCAGCGGGCCCGGGCGUCACGGCGGGCGAGUGUUCGGGGGCGCGUACGCGACUAUUGAAGCAGAUCCAAGCUGCGUUGUUCCCAAAGGAACUGCACAGGCUCGCGAAUCGCUUGGAAUUACCGUCGAAGAGCUCGAUUCUCGCGCUUCGACCGUUUCUCGAUGAGGAGGGUCUUCUCCGCGUCGGCGGUCGGAUAUCGCGCGCUCCCCUGCCUUGGACUCGGCGUCAUCCGAUUCUGCUCGCGUCGCAUCGUAUCACGAAACAGAUCGUCGAUCAUGCUCACGUACGUGGGCUACACGCCGGCGUGCAGCUGACCCUGAGCAUCGUUCGGCGCGACUUUUGGGUGAUUCGGGGUCGGGGCGUUGUGCGGGAGCAAAUACACCGCUGCGUGGUGUGCGCUCGCGAGCGCGCCGCCGUGCCAUCCCAGAUUAUGGCGGACCUCCCACGUGUCCGAGUAUCAGCUCCGGCUCGCUGUUUCGCACAUUGCGGUGUCGAUUAUGCCGGGCCGGUUCUCGUGCGUGCCUCUGCAGGACGAGGUAUAGCGACGCGGAAGGCGUACAUCGCUCUAUUUAUCUGUUUAGCCUCUCGCGCCGUGCACCUGGAGCUCGUAUGCGAUUACUCGACUCGGGCAUUUUUGAAAGCGUUUUCUCGGUUCGCCGCUCGUCGGGGAAUACCCAACACCGUUUACUCGGAUAACGGCACCAAUUUCGUCGGAGCCGAUCGUGAGCUGACCGUGGCCUAUCGGGCAGCGCUCCGCGACCCGAACUUUCUAAGUUCCACCGCGCUCGAUGGAACCAACUGGAGAUUCAUCCCUCCAGCCGCGCCACAUUUCGGGGGGUUGUGGGAGGCCGGCAUUAAAAGCGUCAAGCACCACGUGCGUCGCGUACUGCGGAGCUGCACUCUGACCUUCGAGGAGUACGCUACUCUGCUCUGUCGGAUUGAGGCGUGUCUUAACUCAAGACCGAUCGCGCCAAUUUCCGACUCGCUCGAUGACUACGAGCCGCUCACGCCCGGUCAUCUGCUCGUCGGGUCCGACCUCGGUCUGCCUCCGUCGCCGUCGACUCUCCACAUAUCGGAGAACCGGUUGACCCGGUGGCAACUCGUGCGGCAGCUGACCGAGCGUUUUUGGCGGGUGUGGUAUCACGACUAUGUGAACACUCUACAGCAACGAGGAAAAUGGCGGAAGGUGCAGCCGUCUAUCCAGGUCGGAAACAUGGUCUUGAUCCGCAAUACCACCUUGCCGCCGUGCAAGUGGGAGUUGGGGCGAGUGACGCAGUGUCACCCCGGUCCCGACGGGCUCACUCGGGUGGUUACCGUCCGCACCGCCAACUCCACCCUUCAAAGGCCUAUCGUAAAGAUUUGCCUGCUGCCGGUCCACUGCGAGACCAAGUAG